AUGGAUCAGGGCACCGAGCUCGCCCGCUAUCGAAGGCGGCUCAGCGCUUCCACCUCUGUCGUAUCACCAACCACAUCCACCCCCUCACAUCACACUACCCUUCCACAUCCACCUCCACCCUACUGUCCGGCGGUGGAUGAGAUGUUCUCCACUAGGCUCACCCGUGUCGUCAACCGUGCCGCCGCCACUCCCGUCGUCUCCUCCCCCACCGCCUCCACUACCGCUCACCGAACCACGCAGUGCCUGUGCACGCGACCAGCACAUCAACGGCGACAGUCAUCGAGCAAAGUGUCGUAUCCGCCCAACAGCAGCAAACCAAGUCCGGCCGCGAAAGCAACAUCUUCUUCCGAUAAUACGUCUCAACCUCGACAGUCUCUGACGGGGCGAGGGCAAGCCUCGGCGGCAACGGCAAGACCUGUGAAGCGACAUGGCAAGCGGAGUAGACUGCAUGGACUGGUGGCGGAGCGGAUAAGUAAGGGGAAAGUGCCUAUCGAUCAAUUUGCGAGGCUGCCCUCCGUGCCGGGAGUGUCGCAUUUGACGGAGAAAGGUGCGCAGAGUCUGCCCUCUCAGCUAUACGUCGCUAACAGAUUUCAACUAGACCUCGGCUUCGCCAACUUCUUCUCCCUGCACCGACCUAUAUCCGUCACCACCACCAUCCCACCUCCCUCUACGAGCGAAGCCUUCAAUAAUCUCUUCGAAACGAAGCACCAGCGCGACCCGUGGGAAAACGGCAACUCCGCUGAGCGAAGACCCGAAGACGUCAUCUUUACCCUCCACAACACUAUCGAAGCACUCGAGAACCAUGCGCAGAAUGAGCGAGAAGACGGCGUACGGUGGGAAGUGAUCCAAGAGUCCUCCACCAACAGCGAUAAUGGCGUCAAGCAUCUGGAUGGCCCGCCGCGGCAAUCGAGGAGUUUAGAGGACUUGGUGACCCAGUUCAGACCUUAUCGCGCUCCUCCUCCGCCUCAGCCUUUUCCCGAAGAGAACUCAAAAGCAGCGGAGAAGAAACAGGCGCGCGGCCAACGAAGACAGCAUCAGCUCGUCAUACGACCGCAGCAGAAGAGCUACCAAACCACCAUCACCGUGCUCGAAGUCACAUCCGCCAAUGGGCAGAAAUCGUAUACCGCUUCUUCCAGCCCCAUCGUCGCGAUCCCUGACCCGACAGAUGCCGCUGCGACGAUAGUGCAGGCUGUGAAUGGUUUGCACCAGCAGGCCGAGCACAUGGAGCCGCGCAUCCGUCUGCCGUUCCUCGAAAGGAUGCGAAGGCGGCAGCGACUGUAUACGCAAGCGCAGCAAGCAAGACUCGAUGGUGAGCAGAGAGGAUUCGGGACGGUCAGGCGUGCGCCGAGCGCGAGGAGGGUAAAGAUGAUUUUGAUCUCAGUGAAGAGGCAGCGCAAGCUGAAGAUGAAGAAGCACAAGUAUAAGAAGCUUAUGAAGCGGAAUAAGCAGAAGCCUAGAACAAUCACUGCAGCGCAGCAGCUCGACGAGUCAACGAUGAUACAGUACAUCUACAACUCUCGAAACUGUGCCGCCAUCGCCAUGAGUGUUAACGUUGACCCGAGACAUAUCCCGCAAUCUGACUUCCAAGUACGCACCGAACUCGUGAACAGAAUCGAGGAACUCCGCAUCGAUGAUAAGGACUAUAAGCCUAUAGAAGAUAGCGAAGAUAUACUAAAGGAAGAAGAAUAG